CGGAGUGUCAAUGAUCGGGCAAACAUAGUGAUUUGGCGUUUCAUUGUUGAGAACUCGUAAUUAAAAGUGAAGAGAAAUUUUUUUUUAUUCUCAUUUGUGUGUGUAUACGUUGAAAACACAUCACAAACAACUUUGAUAAAUAAAAACAAAAAAAAACUCAAAUUAUAUAAAUUUCGAACUUUAUACAUAAUUUGCAUCGUACGAUCCAUGCCAAUCGAAAACAUUUAAUGGUUCGAAAAUAAAUCAUUAUUUUUUCAAUGGAUUGGUGGGCAUCGCAGCCGACGCAGUACACGGUGCUUUUGAAUUGAAAACAAAUUUUGGAUUUGUACAAAUCGCACAAUUAAAAGUUUUGUUAAAUAGACUCAAGGGAGACAGAGAGUGGGUGAGUGAGAUAGAUAAAAGAGGCCCGGCAGAGGGACGAACUUUGCGUUGGAGAAGAAUAUAGUGAGUGAAAUCGAAAAUGGCACGAAUGAUUUCGUUGUUGUUAUUCAUCCAAUGCAUGUUAAUAAUGCCGAGCCAUCAAAGUCCUCGAUAUGGAUUUACCGCAGAAUUGUUGCAUGCAGACAAAGAAAUAUCGUCGGCAAAUGUGAUGGCACCCAUGGAGUUUGGUCCAUUUAUUCAUCGUACCAAACGAGAUGUAAAGAUGAGCUCCGGUGAAGCGAAUGCUUCGCCAACAACCAAAAACACACCGUUAACCACAGUAACAUCAGCCAAAAAGCCUCCAAGUACAUCGACCGUGAAUGUAACGACUACCACGACCAACAAAAUUACCACAGUGAUGAAUCAACUGAAUGACUCACAUGCUCAACUGAUGGUGCAUUGGUUGGGCGAAGGAACGAAUGUUAUGCUGUGUUUGGCACGAGAACCACCACCCGGUCCAGCGGAGGACAUUAAAUCAGCGCCAGCUCCAUCAUCCGUUUACAUUUCGUAUAACAAUGGCAAUUCAUUUGAGGACAAAUCGUACAUGUUCCAAAUCAACGACACCGCUGGCAAUUUGGUGAAUUCAACAGUCGAUCAAUUUACAACGCAUCCACGUUAUAAUACGAUUGUUUUCACCGAUCCAAGAAAUAAAGCAAUAUUUACGAAUGUCGAUUCUGGAAAAACAAUUCAACAACGCAUGUUGAACUUUACACCAUCGGAGGUCUCAUUCUAUGAACAUGAUUCGCGUACAUUCCUUGUAUUAGAUAAAACCGAUCAUACUCUUUACUAUACCGUUGAUUUUGGCGAGACAUUCACAAUGUUGCAGUCAUUCGUGAAAUCGUUUUCAUGGUCAUCGUCCAAUGACGCUAAUAUGCCGGUUCAUUUAUACGUUGAACGCAAAGACCCAACAAAUUCAUCAUCGGUGAUUUUUAUGAAUGCAGGGCAAUUACUAACAAAUGAACCGAAAAAGUUCAAUUUGCUCAUUGAAAAUGUACAAGAUUUCCAUAUUAAAAAAGAUUUCAUGUUUGCCACACGAAAAGUACCAAAUAACACACAACUCUUCAUUUCGUAUCGACGAGGACCGUUCGUGAAAGCCGACUUCCAGACUGAACUCGAAAUUAAGGGUUUCCAUAUAGCUGACGUAGAAGGUAGACGAAUCAUGAUUUCGGCCAUCCAUACAGACACAACUGCACAUUUGUACGUGUCCGAAUCGGAUUCAGCGAUGACAAAAAUUCGAUUUAUGCCAAGUUUGGAACAAAUUUUCUCAUACGUUCCGGAUCUGACAUGGAAACAGAGUUGGUUAACACAAACUUCUGACGAAGCAUUCACCGAUUUGUAUAAAGUCGAAGGUAUUCGUGGCAUCUAUAUUGCAUCGAAAAUCAGUUUGCAACCAAGUGGUUUGAAGACAUACAGUUCAAUUGGGCCAGAACAUUUAGUGUCGGUCAUAACUUUCGAUCAUGGCAAUAGUUGGAAAGUAAUUCAAGCGCCCACUGUCGACAAUGAAGGUCAACCGAUUAACUGUACGAAGUGUAGCCUUCAUUUAUCGCAAAAAUUUAGUCAACUGUAUCCGGUGACGCGUUCUGUGACGAUUAUGAGCUCAAAAACAGCGCCAGGUGUAAUAAUGGCCACCGGAGUCGUUGGAAAAAGCCUCAAAGGGCAUCCGUGUGUAUUUAUUUCACGUGAUGCUGGCCAAACGUGGACACAAAUUUUGCGCAACUAUUAUUUCUUCAAUUAUGGCGAUCAUGGUGGCAUUUUAGUUGCCGUCAAAUACUUCAAAUCGAAAGGCGAAACAAAUGAAAUUUUAUAUUCAACGGAUGAAGGUGAAACAUGGGUACCACAUGAAUUUCAUGCAGAUAAUUUGAAAGUCUAUGGCUUGAUGACCGAACCCAAUGCCAAUUCCACCGAAUUCACACUAUUUGGAUCUCUUCCUGAUGAACACAAGUGGCUAAUCCUGAAGAUCGAGCUGAGAAAUGCCUUCACAUCUAACUGCACAACAGAUGAUUACAAGUAUUGGAGCCCUGGAUCCUUUUUGAAUCCCGGCGAAUCGCUUGUACCAUGUAUCUUGGGCAAACAGGAAUCAUAUCAUAGGCGUGCCGCACAUUCGAAAUGUUACAAUGGUCAUGAUUACAAUCGCCCUGAACGAACGGAAAUUUGUAAAUGUAGUUCGUGGGAUUUCGAAUGCGAUUAUGGCUUCUCGCGAUUAAAUUCAAAUUCACCAUGUAUGCGCAAUCGAUCUGUUGUGCCUGAUGACAUUUUCAAGGUGCCCGACACAUGCAAACCCGGCGAAUUUUAUAAACGCACAAAAGGCUAUCGGAAAAUCGAAGGUGACGUUUGCUUUGAUGGUUUCAUAGAUCAAUACAUGCCGGCAUCAAUUCCUUGCCCAAUUUCGCAGCCAGAUGAUUUUCUCAUCAUUGCACAACGCGAUAAAAUUUCCCGAAUUUCAUUGUUGAACGGAAGAAAAGAGGUGUUGCCAGUUGUUGGAUUGAAAAAUGUCAUCGCCAUUGAAUUUGAUUUGAAGAACAAUUGUGUAUUCUGGGCUGAUAUUCAAACCGAUGAAAUUGGAAGGCAAUGUUUCAAUGGAAAUCGUUCGGUUGAAAUCUUAGCCGAAUCGGGUUUGUCAUCGGUUGAAGGAAUGUCUUACGAUUGGAUAUCUGAACUGUUGUUCUUUGUCGAUGGUACGCGUUUUAAAAUCGAAGCGUUGAGUACGUCAACAUCGAAGCCACGCAUUCGCAAAACCAUCAUCGAAAAACUACCAAAGCCCAGAGGCAUUGUCGUCCAUCCAAUAGAAGGCUACUUAUUCUGGACGGAUUGGAGUUUCAACAAUCCAUCGAUAAGUCGUGCCAAUUUGGAUGGAUCAAAUAAGAUGGUUCUUUUCUCUAAGCGAGAUGUUGUUUGGCCAAAUGGAAUUACCAUCGAUUUUUCAGUUGAUCGUGUUUACUGGGUCGAUGCAUCGAUGGAUUACAUCGGAAGCUGCGAUCUAAAUGGAAAAUUCUUUACAAAAGUAUUAAAGGAAGAUUCACGCGCUUCACAUCCGUUUGCGGUGGCCGUGUAUAAGCAUCUCAUGUAUUGGGACGAUUGGAAGAUAAACGCUAUCUUUUCCGCAGAUAAAGAUCUGGGCAUUCAGAUUUUCCCAAUAGCCGAAAAUAUGACAAGUUUGAUGGACAUAAAAGUGUACGGUCAUGGUAUACAAAUCGGAACGAAUGCAUGUACAAAUUCGACUAAAUGCUCUCAUAUGUGUGUUGGAGCACCAAUGAAGAAUCUUGCAUGUAUCUGUCCCGAUGGCAUGACUUUGACUACGAAUGGUGAAUGCUUGUGUCCCGGUUCAAUGCAACCUGGAAACAAAACAUGCCCACAACAAUCAAACACCUGUGCUACCGGAUUUUUCGCAUGCACAAACAAAUUAUGCAUUCCAAACAUAUACCGAUGUGAUGGAGAUGAUGAUUGUGGCGACUAUUCAGACGAAUUGAUCUGUCCAUCGUCGAAAAAUCCAUGCUUGCCACACAUGUUCCAAUGCAAAUCGGAUAAUAAAUGCAUUCCAGACUACUUCAAAUGUGAUCACGACAAUGACUGCCAAGAUGGGAGUGAUGAGGGUGCAUGCUCAUUCGAAGAUUGCAAGUCCGAUGAGUUUAAAUGCAGCAAUGGCCGAUGCAUCAAUUUAAUUUGGCGUUGCGAUUCGGAGGAUGACUGUCAAGACGGAUCUGAUGAGAGAAACUGUACAAAAACACCAUCGAUUACAUGCAAACCGGAUGAAUUUACAUGCAAAUCCUCACAUCAAUGUAUUCCACAUUCGUGGCUCUGUGACAAUGAACAUGAUUGUACCGACGGAAGCGACGAAGAUGCAUGCGAAAAUAAAGCAUGUGAAGAAUGGAUGUUUACUUGUGGUGAUGGCCGUUGCAUUUACUCCACAUGGAAAUGUGAUGGUGACAAAGAUUGUCUCAAUGGCCGAGAUGAAGAAAAUUGUACGACAUCAACAGCCACCGAAAAGAAUCAUCAAACGGAUAAUAUAAUGCCAACAUGUCAUGAUUGGAUGUUCCAAUGUGCCAACGAUCGAUGUGUACCGCAUUGGUGGAAAUGCGAUGGUGUUAACGAUUGUGGUGAUAAUUCCGAUGAACUUGGCUGUGCGACAAACAUUUCAACGCCGCCACCAAUAAGUUCAAUCGAUGAGCCGAUAGAGACCGAAAUUUGUCUCAAAAAUCAAUUUAUGUGUGAUAACAAACGGUGUAUCUCAAAAUCGUACGUGUGCGACGGAUUUGAAGAUUGUUUAUCCGGCGAAGACGAAACAAAUUGUCCGAAACCGUCUUGUGGCAAAGAUAAAUUCAGAUGCCGAAGUGAUGGCGUUUGCUUGGAUCGUAUUAAGUAUUGCGAUGGAAUAACUCACUGUGUCGAUGGAAGUGAUGAGCUUAAUUGCAAACAAACACCAAGAAUUCCAGAGAAAAAUGAAACGAUCCUUUGUCGACCGGGCUACUUUUUGUGCAUCAACGAUAAUAUUUGUUUGCCACAAUCGAAACUGUGCGACGGAAAGGUUGAUUGCUUUGCCUAUGAUGACGAGGCAGAUUGCAAUGGAACAUCAAAUCGUUACUAUCAAAUCAGCUAUUUGUUCCCGAACAAGCGAACAAUGACCGCCAACAGCUUUUUAAUAUUCUGGUAUAUGCCAAGAAAUGGUGCCGCAUCACAGAAAUUCGAAUAUCUUCCAUCGAUUUCAUUGGCCAAUGAAGAUAACUGGUCGAAUCAUUCAACAUGGAUUGAGAAUACCCAACAUCGCUUCGAAAAUUUAGUGCCAUACACAACUUAUAAUAUAACUGUCUAUGUGCGUCUAAAGAAUAGUGAUCAUGUCGAUCCACCCUAUGUAUACAUCAAUAUAACAACACAAGAAGGUAUACCGAGUGAACCGCUCAACGUGAAUGUAACCCAACUGAAUUCAUCACGUGUUCAAAUUUCAUGGGAUCCACCGCUCCGAACGAGUGGCAUACUAAAAGAAUAUACCGUUUACUAUCGAGCUGCAACGAUCAGCGUGAAUUCGGCAAACUCGGUGAAGGUCAGCCCGACUGAACAUGUCAUUGUGUUGGAAUCAAACUUUGAGCCAAACACAACAUAUGAAUAUUGGGUGCGUGCACGUAAUACAAAGAAUGAAUCGCCAAGUUCACUCUUGGUACGUUUAACGUUCGAUUCGGCUUCGGAUAUGGAUCGUUUGACUGGAUUACAUGUGACACACAUUGGUCUCGAUAGUAUCGAAUUCGCUUGGAAUGAAAUCAAAGGCGUUGAUGGUUAUUCAAUUCAAACAAUGUUACCGCAAAAUUAUCCAAAGCUUAAGCCAGAAACAACCACCAAAACCGAUUUCAAAGUAACAAAUUUGGUGCAAGGAGUCAAUAUCAACAUUAAAGUGUCUGGUUUCAAGAAGAAUUUCUUCGGAAGACCGACUUCUAUAUCAAGCGUCCUACCUGGAACACCAUUGCCAGAAAUCAAAUCGUUGAAUAUCACCGAUAAAAAUGAUAUACCAGAAUUAAAAUGGUCCGCACCAAAUGUUUCAUUCAAAAAUAUAACAUAUGGCAUUUACUAUGGUGUAUCAUUCGAUGAAUUACACGAAAAAGUGAGACUUACCACACAAUCACUUGAGGUCAUACUUGACAAUUUAAUGCCAUGCGAAUCGUAUUUGAUAAGCGUUGGCAUUGUUGGACCAAAAGGACCCGGACCAUUAGCAUCGCCAAAGAUUUAUCAAACCAAAUAUAACGAAAGAAAACCACCGCGCAAUGUCAAAGCAACAAUGAAUAAGGAACAACAUGAAAUUGAAUUGACAUGGGAACACAAUUGCGCAUUGUUGGGCAAAUAUCCGCCAUCAUAUAUCAUCACAAUGACUGAAACAAUAACAAACACAACCAAUUCUAUGGAAGUAUUACGUAAAGGAACCAAAACUAUAACACAUAAAAUUAAGGAUAUUCCCGAUGGAGCUGUAUACAAUAUAAGUAUUUCAACAAAUGCAACGAAUGCCGAACCAAUCACAAUUAAAAUACAUGCCCCCUCACUACCACCGGUUAGUCAGCUCAAAGUUUUUCCAGAAAAGAAUGGCACAUACGUUGUAUACUGGCAUGAUAAUAACGACAAGCAAAAAUAUUAUUAUGAAGUGAUUGUGGUUCCUGGCCUUGUAUUGAAUGACUCAGUGACUCCAAUAAUAAGAACCAAAGUAAAAGAGCCACCAGCAUUGAUAAAUCCUCAGGAUCUUGGUGGCAGUAUAGCUGCUGGCAAAACAUUUACCAUGGGCGUUCGUUUGAGAACCCAACAGGGAUUCUUUUCGCCAAUUCACGAAAUCGAGCAUAUUGAGGUGCAACCAGAUGCGUGGUUAUUGAAUAUGCUACCAACUAAAUCAUCUGCAUGGAUGGUGAUCUUACCAAUGAUUCUUGUGAUUGCAAUGGGAGGAGUUGUCUUUUAUAUGGUGCGUCGCCAUCGAAGACUAUCCAAUAAUUUCUCUCGAUUUGCCAAUUCACAUUAUGACACCAAAACUGGUACCACCAGAAUCGGAGGUGACGAGGAUGAUCAUCCACAUCAUCAUCAUCACAACAGUCGUGAGGAUAAUAUUGACGAUAUGCCUCGUUUUGAUGACGACGAACCGCUCGUAUUAACGUAAUUUUAAGGCAUAGACUUUGUUUUUUGUUUUUAAAUUGCCAAAACACUUGAUAGGAUGAAAAGAACAGAAAUAAUUAAAUGAAAACCAGUAUAAUUGAUUGAACGUUUGCAGAAGACGAUUGAAAUGGCGUUGUGUUUCCAAAUGUGAAAUUGUAGAUAAUUUUUUUAUUUAUACAUUUAUAUUAAGUAGCAAAUAAUAUGGAUUGUGAAAAAAUGGCAUGGAUUCAUUUAAGAUAUAAUUAUUUUAGAAUUGAUAUGAAAGGUAUUUGCAGAACAAUGAAGGCUGAUGUUUUUACGAGAACGGUUUGAACCAUGCAUAGAAAGACAUAAGUUAGAUGAAGAACAAUAUUGAGUGAUCUUGAUAAACAAAAAAAAACACACAUACACACAUUAACAUGUAAAGUCGAACGAACCGCUGAAAAAGAGAAGAAAUAUUAUUUUCAUUUUUACAAUUUCAAACCAACAAGUUUAAUAAAUAUUUUGACUGAAAUCAAAAUUAACAUUGCUACUAUUGA